GCCUUCCAUCGGGACACGGCACCUGCCAAGAAGGAUUGUGUUUGUGUAUUGUGUAGACGUGAAACAUUAUUUUUGUAAAAACUAAAACAUUUAAACCGUUACAAAUGCAUAAAUAUAUUCAUUUGUAAAGCGCAUGUUAUUUGUUUGUGCUUGGAACUACGGUUUAGGUCAGUUUGAACAACACAGUGUUCAUUAUUUUUACUUAGUGGACAACAACACGAAACUUCCAUGAAGAAUCUGGAUCCGCCAUCUUGGACGGAGUUCAAAGAGAUGUCCCGAAUUACAGAUACUACAGGUCUUGCUGAACUUGCUCAUAGAGAGUACCAAGCUGGUGACUAUGAACGAGCAGAGCAGCAUUGUAUGCAGUUGUGGCGCCAGGAACAAGAUAACACUGGUGUACUUCUCCUACUCAGCAGUAUACACUUUCAAUGUAGACGUCUUGAGAGGUCUGCAUAUUUCAGUCAACUGGCAAUCAAACAAAACCCAGUACUUGCAGAGGCGUAUUCCAAUCUAGGGAAUGUUUUCAAAGAAAGGGGACAGCUUCAAGAUGCAUUAGAAAACUACAGACAUGCUGUUCGAUUGAAACCAGACUUCAUUGAUGGCUACAUUAACCUAGCAGCAGCACUGGUAGCCGCUGGUGAUAUGGAACAGGCUGUACAGGCAUAUGUCACAGCAUUGCAGUACAACCCUGACCUAUACUGUGUCAGAAGUGAUCUUGGCAAUCUGUUGAAAGCACUGGGACGGUUGGAUGAGGCUAAGGCAUGUUACUUGAAAGCAAUAGAAACGUGCCCAAACUUUGCUGUAGCAUGGAGCAAUCUAGGAUGUGUGUUCAAUGCACAAGGAGAGAUUUGGUUGGCAAUUCAUCAUUUUGAAAAGGCUGUUGCUUUGGAUCCAAAUUUCUUGGAUGCUUAUAUUAACCUUGGAAAUGUUUUGAAAGAAGCUCGGAUUUUUGACAGGGCAGUGGCUGCGUAUUUACGAGCCCUCAAUCUAAGUCCUAACCAUGCAGUUGUUCAUGGCAAUCUUGCGUGUGUGUAUUAUGAACAAGGAUUAAUAGAUUUAGCUGUUGACACUUACAAGCGAGCCAUUGAACUUCAACCAAAUUUUCCAGAUGCUUACUGCAAUUUAGCCAAUGCACUUAAGGAAAAAGGACAGGUGGAGGAAGCUGAAGAGUGUUACAACACCGCCCUCCAUCUUUGUCCCACCCACGCAGACUCUCUGAACAACUUGGCCAACAUCAAAAGGGAGCAGGGAAACACUGAAGAAGCAGUGAAAUUAUACUUGAAGGCUUUGGAGGUGUAUCCCGAGUUUGCUGUUGCACAUUCCAACCUUGCCAGUGUUCUGCAACAACAAGGAAAGCUGCAUGAAGCAUUAAUGCAUUACAAAGAAGCAAUAAGAAUCUCGCCCACAUUUGCCGAUGCAUACUCCAACAUGGGCAAUACACUGAAGGAAAUGCAGGACAUACAGGGAGCAUUGCAAUGUUACACACGAGCCAUACAGAUCAAUCCAGCUUUUGCUGAUGCCCACAGCAACUUGGCUUCAAUACAUAAAGACUCGGGCAAUAUUCCUGAGGCAAUAGCUUCUUACAGAACAGCUCUUAAACUGAAACCAGACUUUCCAGAUGCAUAUUGUAAUCUUGCACAUUGUUUGCAGAUUGUUUGUGACUGGACUGACUACAACAACCGCAUGAAGCGUCUUGUGCAGAUUGUUCAGGAACAGCUGGAAAAGAACCGUCUUCCUUCAGUCCAUCCACACCACAGUAUGCUUUAUCCAUUGUCUCACUCGAUGCGAAAAGCCAUUGCCGCCCGUCAUGCCAGUCUUUGUCUGGAAAAAAUAAAUGUGCUGCACAAACCACUCUAUGACCACCCCAAGUCGAUAACUUCCAGUGAUGGUAGACUUCGUAUUGGCUAUGUCAGUUCUGACUUCGGCAACCACCCAACAUCACACUUAAUGCAGAGUAUUCCAGGAAAACACGACAUGGAUAAAGUAGAAAUUUUCUGCUACUCCUUGAGCCCUGACGAUGGAACAAAAUUCCGAUGCAAAAUUGGACGUGAAGCAGAACAUUUUAUAGAUCUCUCACAAAUUCCUUGUAAUGGGAAAGCAGCUGAUCGCAUUCAUGCUGAUGGGAUCCAUAUUCUUGUCAACAUGAAUGGAUACACCAAAGGAGCCCGCAAUGAAUUAUUUGCUUUGAGGCCUGCUCCAGUCCAGGCUAUGUGGCUGGGUUACCCUGGAACAAGUGGCGCUUCCUUUAUGGAUUACAUCAUCACAGACAAAAUUACAUCUCCUGUUGGUUUUGAAGAACAAUAUUCCGAGACGCUGGCUUACAUGAAGGACACUUUCUUUAUUGGCGACCACAGUAACAUGUUUCCUCAUAUGACCGAGAAGGUGAUAGUCCAGUACCAGGACACACAUGGAAAGGAGGUCAAUUACAUUAUCAAUGGAGUUGACUUGGAACUCAUUCGAAACAUGGCCUCAAGUAUUCAGCUGGUGACGCAGCAGGCUCUCCAUGGUACGACAACGGACGACGAAUCUGGCCAAGCAGCUGUAGUGAAGACAGAGUACGCGAUUCUUCCACAUCCAGCCAUUCAGUCUAUGGUGACCAUGGUCCAGCAGGGCCUGCCACACAUUUCUAUUGAUGAAAUCGUCGUUCAGAAUGGACUCACGACUAGUCAGACGAAUAACAAAGCUGCUACUGGUGAGGAGAUCCCUAAUGGCCUGAUUCUGACGACACGACAGCAGUACGGACUGCCUGAUGAUGCCAUUGUGUUCUGUAACUUCAACCAGCUGUACAAGAUCGACCCCAACACGCUGGAGAUGUGGGUGGACAUCCUAAAGAAUGUACCCAACAGUGUGCUCUGGCUCCUGCGGUUCCCAGCGGUCGGCGAGCCCAACAUCAUCCAGUCAGCCACCAAUAUGGGCCUGGAAUCGGGACGCAUUGUGUUUUCUAAUGUUGCCCCCAAGGAAGAACAUGUUCGUCGUGGCCAGCUGGCUGAUGUCUGUCUGGACACGCCACUGUGUAAUGGACACACCACAGGAAUGGAUGUUCUGUGGGCUGGAAUUCCAAUGGUUACUUUACCUGAGGAGACUUUGGCAUCGAGAGUGGCCUCAUCUCAACUCCACUCUUUGGGCUGUCCAGAAUUGGUGGCUAAAAACAGUGAAGACUAUGUCAACAUCGCAGUUCGUCUGGGAACUGAUCGGGGAUACCUGAAAGCCAUGACUGCUAAAGUUUGGCAUGCCAGAAAGUCCAGUCCACUGUUUAACACGAAGAUCUAUGCCACCAACCUGGAGAAUCUUUAUCAACGAAUGUGGCAUGCUUAUGAAAAAGAACUUCCAGUAGUUCAUUCUUUGGAAAGUUGAAUGCAGUGUUUCAGCUUAAGGGGGGAAAAAAACAUUUAUUUGAAUCAAGUAAAAAGGCAACCAUUGGUGUAAAGUUUUAUUUUACUCCUUUAUUGCUUUUCUUUGUUACCUGCCAUUAGUUUAUUUUAGUGCUUGAACAGUUUCAAUUUUGUUAGCUUGCCUGUUUGAAAAGUAUGUGAGCUUGGAUGUGUUAGUUUCGUGUUGGUGCAAGUUUGCAUUUCUUCAUUAUCUCUUCCAUAAUCAUGCUUGGUUAUGAUUGUAGAAAAUGUCUUUUUAAUCACUGGAUGAAGGAAUAUACCUUUUUUAUUUUAUGAGAGGUGGAAAUUUACCUAAUAACACUUGCAGAAAGGUUAUGGACAUGAAAUAAGUGGAUGCUUUUGCUUGGAUAAUUCGAGUACUUUACACAUGGGUGAUAUGUAUUGCCAGUUUUUACAACUAUAUUAAUAGUAGACCAGUCUCCCCAUAUUUUAUGCCAGUAUUUGGCGCCAAGCAUUAAAGUAGUUCACUUGUAAAGACCCCAAUUCUGCAAACCUAAAACUGUAUAUAGAUUAACCUUGGUACUACACCAGUGUACUGAACAUAUUCUUUGUUUCCUGUAUAUUUAAUGCUCAAACUUUCUCUUUGACAUGUUUGGUGACAAACUGUUGAUUGGUAGCUGUCCUGUCUGUGUCCAUUUUUAGGACACUUGUAAAGUAUUUAUUUGUAGUAGUGAGGCAGGUAAAUGUGGUAUUUGUAAAGCCAUCUUGCCACAGUCUUGCAUAAUAGUGACCAUCCAUUGAGUAUGCAAUACAUGUAAAUAGUUCUAGAUGCUAAUCUCAAUGUUUGUUGUUGUCUAUAAUUGUGCAUUUUUCUGCUGUGUAACUGUGUUCAGAAUUUUGACCCAUCAACCCUCAUUUGUGGAUGUUUUAUUCUGUAUGGUUUAUGAUCAAACCCAAAAUGUUAAGAAUUCACAAAUAAAAACUAGUGAUUGUU